GACAUAUACUGUAUAGGUUUAAGAUAUGUAUAUAUAUAUCUUAUAUAUAUAUAUAUUCUGUAUAAGUUAAGAUGCAUAAUGACUUGACUUACAUAUACUGUGAAAUGAUUACUACAAUAAGUUGAGGGAGCAUUCAUCAUCUUAUACAGACACAAUAAAGAGAAAGGAAACAAAGAUAGCAAUUUUCUUGUGAUGAGAACUCAUAGGAUUUACUCUCUUAACAGCCUUCCUAUAUAUAUCAUACAGCUGUAUUAACUAUACAUUAUAUCAUGCUAUACAUUACAUCCUUAACAUUUAUGUAUCUUGUGACCAAAAGUUUGUAUCUUUUGACCACCUUCCUCUAAUUCCCCCUCUCAUACCCCUGCUUCUGGUUACCACAAAUCUGAUCUUUUCUGCGUGGAUUUUUUUUUUUUUUAAUCCAGUUCAGGUAGAAAAAUCAGACUAUUCAUAAAAAUUUUUAAAUGUAUGUACACAAGUGUUUUUAACACCUGUAACCAAAUGAACUUAACACUUUAAGUACAACUUCGGUUCCUGAGCAAAUGAAAUCAUUUGUUACCCAGACAAAUUAACAAGACAGAUCAGUAGGGUUCUGAACCCAGGAUAAAUUAUUUUCAGAGAAAAUGCAAACUUCCGAAUCUUAAACAUUUUUUAAUGUUUCAAUUAGCAUUGUCAGUAUGAUUGUGAUUCAUUUGGCCACAUCACAGCUUCCUUGUGACAUUAGUUAUAAAAUGCUAGACUAGGGUUUUACUCUUCAAAGCAAAAUUAAGUCUCAACUGAUCGAUUCACCAAAAUGAUACAUCACGAGCCUCCUUCCGCCAAAGACUGCUCCAGUUCAGAGUUAAGAAAUGCCCUGUGCUCCAUAUGCUGAAAUUCAUCUAUCUGUUCCUUGCAAUCAAUGGGCAGAUUAUUUGGCCGAUAGCCUGCCUACUGAAGGUCCUCACACCGCUAGACCCUCACUCUCACUGGGCUUCUGAUCACUUCUCUGCUCAUUAGUAUCUGUACCUGAGGGGAUGGGCAAGAAAAGAAAGGAAGGUAACUUGCUUCCCAUCUUCCCCCCACAUUACAUUUUAAUAAGGAGGGCAGAAGCUCAUAGCCGACGGUGAGGAGUCUGGCUGGCCCGCCAAUGUCACCUGUCAAUAAUAGUCUGGCGGCCGCGCAUCCCACGGAAAUCAGCAGUCCGCUUGGCUGGUGGGACAUCCCGGCCUCAAAGCUUUGCGGAAAGACAGCAGACGGGAGGAUGGAAGAAAAUCUUCCCCGCUCGUGGGACCUUUAAGAGAGCUUUAUCACAUGAGUACAGAGAGCACAGGGCGUUUGAUCCUGGUCACUGCUGGCCGCACCUGUCCUCUCCCCCAGCGGGUCCCUCGCACGCUGGGUGCGCGAGGUGACUGAGUCCAGGGCACCAGAGUCCCCUUCCCCAGUCCCCCGGGCUCCUCCCGACGACUUAAAACCCGCAGUGACCGCGCAAGCUGGGUGACGAACGAGGAGCAGCGCAAGCAGCUGUCCCAGGAAAAGAGAGAGCGCGGAGCAGCCGCGAAGGACAGGGAUCCGAGCCCAGGUCGCCGGCCCCCUCCGGCCUCAGCCGUGACCCCCGCGGGCCGCCGUAGGUCCCCGCGGCGCGUCGUGAUCCCCGCGGGCCGCCGUAGCACCGCCGUACCCCGGCUGCGCUGCCAAGAUGGCCGCCGCGCCCCGCUCCCCCCGGCGCCCUCGCUGAGGUCCCGGCGGCAGGCGGGCAGCGCAAGCCGUGCCUCCCGGCACCAGCGCGGCCUAGAGGCCGGGAGCGGCCGGCCGCCGGCCUCGCGCGCACCGUCUCUCGGGGCGGGGCGCCGGGCCCCUUCCGGGGAUGGGCUCCGGCGCCGGAGUCGACCCGACUUGGCCCCGGCUCCUCCCCGCUCGGGCGGGCGCUCCGCGGUGUCCCCGCCCGUCAGUCCGCCCGGCCGGGGUGGCCGCAGACGGGGCCUGGGCGGCCGCACCGGGAGCUCCGACCCCGGGGCGUCGGGAGGCGUAGGCGCUACCGCUGGCGGGCGGUGGGACCCGGCCAGAGCGAAAAGGCGGCGACACCAUGUUCUCCCUCAAGCCUCCCAGACCCACCUUCAGGUCCUACCUCCUGCCGCCGCCGCAGACUGACGAUAAGAUUAAUUCGGAACCGAAGAUUAAAAAACUGGAGCCAGUCCUUUUGCCAGGAGAAAUUGUCGUAAAUGAAGUCAGUUUUGUGAGAAAAUGCAUUGCAACGGACACAAGUCAGUACGACCUGUGGGGAAAGCUGAUCUGCAGUAACUUCAAAAUUUCCUUUAUUACGGAUGACCCGAUGCCAUUACAGAGAUUCCAUUACAGAAACCUUCUUCUUGGUGAGCAUGAUGUCCCUUUAACAUGUAUUGAGCAAAUUGUCACAGUAAAUGACCACAAGAGGAAGCAGAAAGUCCUCGGUCCCAACCAGAAACUGAAAUUUAAUCCAACAGAGUUAAUUAUUUACUGUAAAGAUUUCAGAAUUGUCAGAUUUCGCUUUGAUGAAUCAGGUCCUGAAAGUGCCAAAAAGGUAUGCCUUGCAAUAGCUCAUUAUUCCCAGCCAACAGACCUCCAGCUACUCUUUGCAUUUGAAUAUGUUGGGAAAAAAUACCACAAUUCAGCCACUAAAAUUAACGGAAUACCCUCAGGAGGCGGCAGUGGAGCUGUUGGUGGCAGCAACCAAAAAACCCCAUUCUUUGAAACAUACUCAGACUGGGACCGAGAAAUCAAGAGAACAGGUGCUUCCGGGUGGAGAGUUUGUUCUAUUAACGAGGGUUAUAUGAUAUCCACUUGCCUUCCAGAAUACUUUGUAGUACCAAGUUCUUUAGCAGACCAAGAUCUGAAGAUCUUCUCCCAUUCUUUUGUUGGAAGAAGGAUGCCACUCUGGUGCUGGAGUCACUCUAAUGGCAGUGCUCUUGUGCGAAUGGCCCUCAUAAAAGAUGUGCUACAACAGAGGAAAAUUGACCAGAGGAUCUGUAAUGCAAUAACUAAAAGUCAUCCACAGAGAAGUGAUGUUUACAAAUCAGAUUUGGAUAAGACCUUGCCCAAUAUCCAAGAAAUACAGGCGGCUUUUGUAAAACUCAAGCAACUAUGCGUUAAUGAGCCUUUUGAAGAAACUGAAGAAAAAUGGUUAUCUUCACUGGAAAAUACUCGGUGGUUAGAAUAUGUAAGGGCAUUCCUUAAACAUUCAGCAGAACUUGUGUACAUACUAGAAAGCCGGCAUCUGUCUGUAGUGCUACAAGAGGAGGAGGGAAGAGACUUGAGCUGUAUUGUAGCUUCUCUUGUUCAAGUGAUGCUGGAUCCCCAUUUUAGGACAAUUACGGGAUUUCAGAGUCUGAUCCAGAAGGAGUGGGUCAUGGCCGGAUAUCAGUUCCUAGACAGAUGCAACCACUUAAAGAGAUCUGAGAAAGAGUCUCCUUUAUUUUUGCUGUUCUUGGAUGCCACGUGGCAGCUGCUAGAACAGUACCCAGCGGCCUUCGAGUUCUCAGAGACAUACUUGGCAGUGCUGUACGACAGCACCCGCAUUUCCCUGUUCGGCACCUUCCUGUUCAACUCCCCUCACCAGCGGGUGAAACAAAGCACGGAAUUUGCUAUCAGCAAAAAUAUCCAGUUGGGUGACGAAAAGGGUUUAAAAUUUCCCUCAGUUUGGGACUGGUCUCUUCAGUUUACAGCAAAGGAUCGCACUCUUUUCCAUAACCCCUUGUACAUUGGAAAGAGCACGCCCUGCGUCCAGAAUGGUUCUGUGAAAUCUUUCAAACGGACAAAGAAAAGCUACAGUUCCACACUGAGAGGAAUGCCAGGUUCCUUAAGGAAUGGAAUCAUCAGUGACCCAGAUUUGGUCCCAAGGAGAAAUUCAUUGAUAGUAAAAGCGAAGCCUGACCCUCCGCCACCACCCACCAGCCAGGACCAUGGUGCCGAGCAGUAUUUUAGAGAAUGGUUUUCCAAACCAGCUGACCUGCAUGGCGUUAUUCUGCCACAUGUCUCGGGAACACAUGUGAAGCUCUGGAAACUGUGCUAUUUCCGCUGGGUGCCCGAGGCCCAGAUCCACCUCGGGGGCUUCAUCACCGCCUUCCACAAGCUCUCGCUGCUGGCCGACGAGGUGGACGCGCUCAGCAGGACGCUGCGGCAGCACCGGGCCGGGUCCCUGGAUGCCGGCCACAUGGGCCCGGACGAGAGCCGCAUGUACUUCCGGGUCAGUGCUCACGCCACUCCGGGAACACCGGACUUCCUGUCGUCUGCUUUCCCAUUUAGCCCUGUGGGCAACCUCUGUAGACGGAGCAUCUCAGGAACGCCCUUGAGCAAGUUUUUAAGUGGGGCCAAGAUCUGGUUAUCUACUGAGACGCUAGCAAAUGAGGACUGAGAUGGACUUUUUAAACAUGCUGAGGGAAGCCAGAAGCUUCUCUUACAAUUGCUAACCUAGGCACUUGAGGCUCUAAGAAUUUUCUAUGUCAGAUUAACAGUGGGAAUUUGCACUAAUAUUUAAAAACAUGUUGAAUUCUGCUUCCUUUGCAGGUUUUCAAAAAGAUAGGCAGCCCUCUUCUUUUUGAUGACCUCUCUGUCCUCUCAGGGCUGCCUCAGCCUCGGGUGACCUGUAGGCGGACUUCCCACUCUUACUCCUAUGAGCAGAGGAGCAGGCUUUGUCUGUGCCAUUGAUCCUGUCUGCAGCCACUUUCCCCUACCACCUGGUAAGGGUUACCUGAGCCUAGGUCACCACUGCACAGAGGCAGACAGGAAGAAAGUUAAUGUUCAGUAGGCAUUCCAGGAAACGCCCCACAGGCCUGGGUAUUCCUGCAGGUUUCUGGUCACUUCGGUUCUGAGGUCCCUGAGCGGACAGUGAUGGUAGAUCACUUUGUUUAGGACCGUAUAUCACUGUGUUUUAAAAUCACGAGUUUGCUUUUACCAUUGUAGGGUUGACUAAAACGAUAUGCACUGUUGACUUUAGAAGCAUUUGUUAUAGAGGAUGCCAACAUAGAAGUGCCUUUGAUGUUACUCUGAAGCCUGACACAGAGUUAAACACAAUUCCAGUUUUUACAACAAAGUGUUACAAGCCUGGAUAUUGAAAACAGGCCUCCUGCCCCUGAGCUUCAUACCAGGAGCCAGGAGUCUCGAAAAGUGCAUUUCCUCCCAUCUGAAGGUCAGCGAGGGCACAGUGGGCCUGUGGGCGGGUGGGUGUUGGUGUGAGGGCAGCAGGGGUGAGUGUGGAUGGUGCUGAACCCACCCUGGAAAGUCAAGGUCUCCCUCAGAGGCAUCUGGGUGCCCCCAUCAGUAUUGGCAGCAGGGUCACUGUUGCUGGCACCUCCCAUUGGAAAGAACUGAUGGGAUUGUGAGGCAUCGCCCUCCUUCUACCAACCAAGUUCCUGGUGGUGAGGUGUCACCAAGAGGGGAAAGAAAAGUGUACUCUCAAAAUACUACCAUUUGAAUGUUCCCCGGUGGCAUGAGCCAGAGCAGCACAGGGGGGUGGGUGUGCUUGGUCAAGCCGGUGGGACCCAAACCGGCCAGGGCUGUGCGGGCCAAGCUGAAGCUCCAAGGCCAAGGCCUCACUCAGCGCCUUGCCCUCUACUCCUCGCUCCUGCCCACACCCUAGGCCCUGUUUACAGGAUGGAGGGGUUCAAAUUGGGCUCUUAGAGUUUGUUAAACUGCCAUCUUAAGCUUUAAAAAAAAUUUUAUAGUGAAGUGGCUAGUUUAUCUUUUCUAAAACAAGUUUUUUCAAAGAAGUCUUUCACCUUUAUGUGAAACAAAUAGCUGUUUCUAUUCAAAUUACUUGCCUUUUUAGAAUUCAUGUCUCUGGACCUCAAGGGACAGAAGUUCUUAUAAAAUGUCUUAGGAAAUUUGUCUUGUGGAUAAGCACAGUGUUUUUGCCUAGAAAAUAAGGGCUAUUUCAAUUUAUAUAAGUAAAUAGCACUGUUGCCAUUAAAUAUUUUAUAGUCCUUGAUUGGAAACCAGUCCCAAUCCCCUUAAAAUCCCACAGCAUAUCCUGCCGUAGAAGUGUAAUAAUUCUCCCUUUUUGAUUAAGCUUCCUUUUUAUUAUUACAAAUUACUCUAAAUUGGGCUUGGAGGGGUUGUUGAGCAUUUAUUUCUUUAUAAUUAUCUCUCCUCACACAUUUAUUUCAACUCCUUAACAAUUUUCUUAAUUUACAAAUUUAAAAAAGAUUAGGUACUAUUAAUACUGUUUCAAAACAAAAUGUGCAUAUUUUUAUAUGAUCAAAUGUAGUAAAAUAAGUUUUUAGUUUUAUUUUUUCUGGACAGUUGUUCUAUCAUGAUUAUUGUGCCAGUUUUCGUGCAUAAUAUGAAAAACAACUAUAACAGUUUUAAGUUCUGGCCGUUAUAAAGCUGCCUGGCACCUCUGCUGGCAGGACGUGGUGGCAACCGAAGUCCAACGUGUGGUUAUGGACACCGCACGGAAGAGCGCUUCACACCUUUUGGCCCCACAGCCCUGCGAACAAGCCUGUGCCCACAGGAUGCCACACAGGCACCAGACAGCCUGGGACUUUCUAGUACUGAAUUUAAAGAUGUACAGUGUGUUAUUUUAUGAUGGAAACGGUUUUAAAACCAAAAAUGUCUUAACUUUAUUUAAGAAAAGUAUAUUAAUUUGUGCUAACAGGGGAUGAAAAUUAGUCAACAUACCUUCAACAAAACCUGCUUGCCGUAGCAGUAACCUCAAGUAGUUAGAACUUGAUUUUCAGAGAAAACGAAAACCUUUGUGCCUAAAAUUAUGACUUGAGUUAAAUAAAGUAGGAUGAGCAGAAAAGACGAGAGAUCUUGCUGUUCAACAGUGAUGAAUGUGAAGGAAAUUUUGACUGCUAAAUAAAAUUUCCACAGAAAUUGA